UCACUCCACACGCAAAACGAGGCUCACCCUCAGUGUAUCAACUGUGCCAGAUUCCCCUCGCUCCUCUCUCUCUCCUCUUUUUCUCUGUCUCUGUUUUUCUUCAUUUCGGUUUUGCUCUCCUCGUCCUGCUAAAUGGUUCAGUCCCUACAAAAAGUGGACUGAUUCGCAGAGAGAUUAUAUAGAUUGAUGUUUCUGUUAAUGGGGGGUAUGAUUUCAUGACUCCUCACUCAAGUACUCUUCUCUGCUCACCUCUUUCGCUUUGCCUCUUCUGCGAAAGCACACAACUUGCUUCUUAAAUCCAACGUUUUCUUGUCAUUCCCAUCUGGGUCUCCUCUUGAUCCUCUCUGUACAAAGAUUUUUCCUUCUGGGUUUUUAUUUUCUCGGAAAACCCAACUCAUCUAGAAAAAAAGUUCCUCUGUUUCUCACUCUGUUUUUCACUGUUUUAGUUAGGGUUUGAAGAAAGAGGAGGCUUUUGUUGUUUCUCUUUUUCCAUUUGCUUUUCUCGUUUUCCCCUCAUUUUUCUCUGUGUGUGUUUGGAUGCUUGGAAAAGGGGCUGUUCAGUUUGUUGAAUUUUAACCGCAACUGAAAAAUGGGUGCUGCGAGUUCAAAAACCGAAAAAACUGAAGCUCUGCGACUUUGCAAAGCAAGGAAGAGAUUCAUCAAACAAGCGAUUGAUUCGAGGUAUGCUUUUGCGGCUGCUCAUGUUUCUUACAUUCAAUCUCUUCGUGACAUUGGCAUUGCUCUUCGGCGAUUCGCCGAGGCCGAAGUGUUGGUAGAGUCAUCUCUGUCCACUUCGGCCACUGAAAUUGACAAAACCCCCUCACAUUCUUCCUAUCCAUCUCCAUCUCCCUCACAUAUCGCCGAUGUUUCGGACUCCCCAUUGCCCAACGAAAGCCCCCUUUCGCCCCCAUUGUCUAGGUUGAGUUAUAUGAGAUCAGGUGGGACUAGUGCUGUGACUUUCAGGGUUAGCCCAUCUAGAAAUAAUGGCUAUGUUCAUGAUGGUGAAUCUGUGACAUUUACAAUGCCGCCUCCGCCGCCACCACCUCCUGGGUCUGGCUCUUCUUGGGAUUUCUUUGACCCAACUGAUGAUUUUGAGAGCUUUAGAUUUGUUGGACAGAAUGGGUUGAAUGAGAAUUUUGAUAAUUUGGGAGGAGGAGGGUAUAGACAAUUCAGUGGGAGAGAAACUGAUUUAGAUAGUGAAUGUCAUGAAGGACCACCCAUGACCCCUGAAUCACAACGAAAGGGUUAUCGAGUUACUAGUAAUUCAGUGACUCCGGGUAACAGAAGUAAUCGAUCUUUGAUGUUGAAUGCUAAUUCAGUAAAAUCUGAAGGAAUCGAAAGUUCUAUACAACAUGCAAUUGAUAGUGAUGUGAAAAAGCUUGAUUAUGAACAAAAUAUGAAGGGGGUGCCUGGAACAUUGAUGGUGAAGGCUGCAAUAGAACCAUCUAGUUCAAAGAGGGAUAAUUCUGUUGUGAAGAAAGAUAUAGGUGCGGAAAGAGAGGAUCCUUCAGAGUUCAUCACCCAUAGAGCUAAAGAUUUUCUUUCUAGCAUAAAGGACAUUGAGCAUCGUUUCUUUAGAGCAUCUGAAUCUGGCAAGGAGGUCUCUCGUAUGCUUGAAGCUAACAAAAUUCGGGUUGGAUAUUCUGAGGCAAACGUUCACCUUGUAGGGGGGUCAUCAGCAUCAGACAUUUUGGCAGCUCUACGAUUGGCUUGUUGCCGAGGGAAGACUGCACUUGUUUCUCAUGAUCCUUCAGAACAUGGGACAAAGGUUAUUACUUGGAAGCGCGCAACAUCCUCAAGGUCAUCUUCUUCGAGGAAUCCUCUUACCUCAGCAUCAAAAGAUGACAAUGAUGAUAGUGGAAGUGAUUUUGUUGAAGAGUUCUGCAUGAUUGCAGGAAGCCACUCCUCUACUCUGGAUAGACUGUAUGCAUGGGAAAGGAAACUGUAUGAUGAAGUGAAGGCCAGUGAGUCUAUCAGGAAGGAGUAUGAUCAGAAGUGUGACCAACUCAGGUGCCAAUUUGCAAAAGAUCAUAGUGCGCAAGUAAUUGAUAAAACUCGGGCAGUGGUGAAAGACCUGCAUUCACGAAUUAGAGUAGCCCUUCAUUCUGUUGAUUCAAUAUCAAAGCGGAUUGAGAAAAUGAGGGACGAUGAGCUGCAGCCACAACUUGUAGAACUGAUUCAGGGAUUGAUUAGGAUGUGGAAGACCAUGCUAGAAUGCCAUCAUGCACAGUACAUCACUAUUUCAUUAGCAUACCAAACGAAAAGCUCAACUGGCACUCCUCAAGGAGAUACACAAAGGCAGAUUAUGAUUCAGCUUGAGGAUGAGAUUGAAUGCUUUGGUCUGAGCUUUGCCAACUGGAUCAAUAGCCAUACAACAUAUGUGGAAGCUCUCAAUGGAUGGUUGCAGAAUUGCAUCUUGCAACCCCGGGAGCGGUCCAAGAGCAGGAAGCCAUUCUCUCCUCGUCGAGUUGUGGCCCCACCUAUAUUUGUUCUCUUUCGCGAUUGGUCAGCUGGGAUUAAAGGCUUGCCGUCUGAAGAACUUAGUGAUUCCAUCAAAGCCUUUCUUUGUGAUCUGCGCAAUUCAAUCAGGCAACAAGCUGAGAAACUGCAGGAGGAACAAAAAAAGCUUGAUUCGAACAACAAUGGAGAACCAGAAUGCAAGAAUGACGAGAAGAAUGAUGAUAGGUCCUCAAACUUAAGCUGCGUAAAUACGAGUCUGGCGAAGGUUCUUGAACAGCUGACCAGGUUCUCUGAGGCUUCUCUGAAAAUGUACGAAGAUAUUCGACAGAAAAGUGAAACUGCUCGAACUACAUAUUCGAACUACGAGCCACCCAGAUUCCAAGGGUCAUCAUCAUCUAGUUAACAGAUAUGAGUGUUUUUUAGGGUUUUGGUUGGAAAUAGAUAUUUGUAAAAUUGGAAGUUGUUGCAGAGGUGACUUUGAGAAGAAAUAGGUUUGAAUUGGCAGUGGAGAAAAUUCAGUAUUUAUAGUUUUUUCAAAUGAGUGGGGGAAUUGGUAGUGGAGCAAAUCCAGUUUUUUUAGUUAUCUCUUCCCAAAUAAAUAUGGAAAAGUGGUAGCUGUAUGUUAUGUUUGAAUUUAUUGCCUCUCUCUGUGCAUGGUGCUGGUACUACUGGUAGUUACUGGUAAAGGCCUAUAAUGGCACAAACGCUGAAGAUGGAGACAGUGCCGGUGAAUCAUAUCAAUCUCCUACCUACCAUCAUUUAUACCCAUGGCUUUCCAUUAGUGGAAUUUUUUUUUCCUUCAUAAA